UUACGAGUAUCACAGCUGCAUUUCAGCAAUAACAGAAAGUGAAAGAGCCUCUGGAUUACUUUCAACACAGAUUACACAGAACACACCAAGCCAAGUGAACUGUACUUCUUCACAGACUUCAGCUACGAUGCAACUGAUUCUACAGUCCGUCUUCUGCUGCUGCCUGCUGGUUACCGUUGCACCCAGUGUGGACAGUGCGAAACAUGACCUGAGACAAGUUUUGAAAAGAAGUAUCUGGCUGCAGAGAUCAAAAAGGGAUUUGAGUUUUGAGAACAGCCAAUUUGUCAGACCAGAUGAUGUGAGAGACAACUUGAUGCCACAUUCAAGCACUGACAUCAGUAUGAGGACAAAACGCUCCAAAAACUCCAUCAACCAAUCCAGGAGACCGGGCUGCUCGCUUGGCACCUGCUCAGUGCAUGUCCUGGCACACCGCCUCCAUGACCUCAACAACAAACUCAAGAUUGGGAAUGCACCCGUUGACAAGAUCAGUCCUCUGGGUUACGGCCGGCGGCGAAGAUCCGUUCCAGAUAAAGUAAUGACCCUGCGACAGGAGGGCAACAGGCUGCGGCCAGCAUGGAACAGCUCGGACUCUCAGUCACGGCUACAAAAGUUGGAAGCACUACUCAGACGGACGUGAGCUGGACAGGGCGGGAGUGCUACAAGAACACGGUGACAGAGGCUCGCCGGCCAAGUAUGAAAUUCUACAAAUGCCUCAGACUCCUGCCAAGUGUUCUUCAGCACAUUCUUUUCUGAGCACAGGGGCAGGGAGGGCGAUCUUGUCUCCUGAAGACUGUCCUCAAGGAGAAAUCGUCUAAGCAAUUGCAGAAACAAGAAUGGGGAAAGGCAGAUGGAGAAUCAUACAUGAAACAAUGUGCCUUGGAUAUGAGCAAGUAUCAUUGCACUGAACCUGGAAACAGUGGACUUGCCUAAAGGAAAAGCAGAACUUCAUCUCCCAGGAGAAGUGGACUGCCCUGUUGGUGAACCAGUCAGUGGAAUUAUGGUGUCCAGUGACUGUUAUUUACUCUCCAGUCUUUGGGCUUCUGAAGAGACAUGAUUCUAGACAGGAAUAAGUUGAAAAAUGAAGCAUUUCUAUUUGGAAUCACAUUUUCGGACACUGUAAGCAGGAUGAAUGCCUUAGAUUAUGUGAAUUGUCUAUGCCAGUCCAUAAGGAUUGCAUUUUAACUUACUUGAACAUUGUUAUUAUUAUUUGUACAGAGAUAUGUGCAAUCUAUGUCCGUUUUUAUUGCAAGUAUAUGUAUAUUUGAAUAGAUAUAUAUCAUUAUAUUAUUUAAUUGUUUUAUAUUACUUUAUACUACUUACAGAGAUAAAACUAUUUUUGUACAGGAAAUACAUAAGGGCAUUGAUGGGAGUGUUAUAUCUAUUAUUCGUGUCAAGGAUGUUUCAAACUGUGGUAAUAGGAUAACUUCUUUUAUGCAAUUAUAUAUUUGUAAAUGGGAUCUAUUUUUAUUUGUGUGUAUGAGUGUGUGUGUGUGUGUAUGUGUGUGUAUGUGAAAUGAAGCAACAUUGUCAUUCAAUAAACUUUUGCA